UAAUAUUUUGGUUUAACUGUUGUGAGCACAGCACAGAAAGCUAGUCAAAGCUAGCCUGUUUGUGCUUUCGUCUUGAGAUUCUCAUUUCUCAGACACAACUGUGCAAAACUCUCCACCAGCCAUGUCCUCCACCAACUCCAACUCGGCUCACUCGUCUGCUCAUGCUCAAAGAUUAGAGGGGAAAGUAGCAUUGGUCACAGGUGGAGCAACAGGGAUUGGAGAGAGCAUUGUGCGACAGUUUCACAAGCACGGUGCCAAAGUAUGCAUAGUAGAUGUGCAGGACAAUCUUGGUCAGCUGGUGUCUGAUUCCCUUAAUGGUGAUCCAAAGGCUUGUUUUUUCCAUUGUGACGUCACAAAGGAGGAGGAUGUGCACUCUGCUGUUGACUUUGCAGUUGAUAAAUUUGGCACACUUGAUAUCAUGGUCAACAAUGCUGGGAUUUCAGGUUCACCUUGUCCUGACAUCCGGAAUGUGGACUUAUCAGAGUUUGAGAAGGUAUUUGACAUAAAUGUGAAGGGAGUUUUCCACGGAAUGAAACAUGCAGCUCGGAUCAUGAUCCCGCAAAAUAAGGGCAGUAUCAUUUCCAUAUGCAGUGUCGCAAGUGCCAUUGGGGGUAUUGGCCCUCAUGCAUAUACAGGGUCGAAGCAUGCUGUUUUGGGGCUCAACAAGAAUGUUGCAGCUGAACUGGGAAAAUAUGGGAUACGUGUGAACUGUGUUUCUCCUUAUGCAGUUGCAACAGGCUUGGCUUUGGCUCACUUGCCUGAGGAGGAGAGGACAGAGGAUGCCCUGGCUGGUUUCCGUGAUUUUACUGGGCGAAAUGCUAACUUGCAGGGAGUGGAAUUGAUGCCUGAAGAUGUGGCUAAUGCCGUGCUCUUCCUAGCAAGCGAUGAAGCUAGGUACAUAAGUGGAGCUAAUCUCAUGGUUGAUGGAGGUUUCACAAGUGUGAACCACAUCUUUAGGGUCUUUAGAUGAUAAAAAAUUCCUGUUCACAUGAGCUAUUCAAGGAGGGUAGGUGCCCUGCUUGGUAUUACAAUGGCAACUUAGUAAGGUCAAACUCGGGCAAUCAUUGAAUAAUUGUAUUCUAUGCUAAUAAUAAAAAUACAGGAUGGUAAGAGAAUUUGAUCUCUGCCUUUGGAUUUAACUGCCGUUGGACAUUUUGAUGGAGACUGCUCAUUGUGAAAAAAAAAAAAAAAAAAAAAAA